AUGGAGAGGAAGGUAAAGCACCAGCACGAGAUGUCUGCUCGCUCGGUGUUUGAUGGCGCCGUGUUCAUGCCAUCCCAGAUGAAGCUUCUAGAAGAUUUCAAGCGAGACACGCACCCUGAUAAAGUGAAUCUCGCAGGGAGGGAGUAUGUUGGAGAGCAUGGACACACCACAUGGCUUCCUCUUGUACGAAAAAUCAAGCAGCAAAUUUCCACAGACCCGACUCUAAUCACAGAGUACCCACACAUCCUUGGGAUCCCAGAAUUCACCAGAAGGGCAACUCAACUUGCAUUGGGCAAAGAUAGCCCUGCCAUUGUGGAAAGCAGGGUGUUCGGCAUCCAAACAGUUGGAUGUACUGGAGCAGUGUGUUUGGGUGCUGAGUUACUGAGAUCCUGCUACUGUUCAAGCUCUUCCUGGAGUGGACCCAUCUUGCUCUCCUCUCCCUGUGAUGACUCACUAGCAGGCACCUUUAAGGCAGCAGGAAUCGAAGAUGUGCAAUAUUACCGGUACUGGGAUGCAGAAUCCAAUGGAGUGUGUGUGGAAAACAUGGUGCAUGACUUGGAGAAUGCUCCGGAACAAUGUGUGGUGGUCCUGUUUGCUUCAGGCCACCGUCCCACCGGUGCUGAACUUUCUCAGGAGGACUGGAAACGUGUGGCUGAGGUCAUGGUGAAGCGCCAGUUAUUUGCAUUCUUCUUGAUGUCUGCCCAAGGCUUGUGCAGUGGUUCUCUUGAACAAGAUGCCUGGCCUGUUCGUCACUGCGUGUCUUUGGGGCUUGAACUUCUCUGUGCUCAGUCUUUUUCUCACAACUUUGGCCUUUAUGGCGAGAGAGUGGGGCAUCUUCUCUGCGUUUUAAAGCAGAACCUGCUGGCUGUACAAUCUCAAGCUGAGAAACUUGUUCAGACGCUUUGGUCCUGCCCACCGAUGGAAGGGGCCAGGGUGGUUGCCACCGUAUUAAGUAAUCCUGCCCAUCUAGUUGACUGGCAGGAGAGUGUGAAGGCCGUUGCUGAACGCUGCAUGCUAAUCCGAGAGCGUUUGCGUGAGAGACUGAGGCUUCUGGGUGGUCCGUGGCAGUGGGAUCACAUAAUAAAACCUGGAGGGCUUUAUUGCUGUUUUGGACUCAACACUCAACAGGUUGACUUCCUGGUUCAGAAGAAACACAUCUACUUGUUACCCAAUGGGUGUCUGAAUGUUAGUGCCAUUAACAGCCGUAACCUGGACUAUGUUGCUGAAUCCAUACAUCAAGCCUUAAGCUCGAAACUCUGAUCUCACUUCACACUAGAACUUCAACUUCAUCUGUAGUAUGCCUUCAGCUAUGCAUUGGGAAUUUCUGUCUUUGUAUGUAUAUUUCAAAUAUAUUCAAGGGAACUAUUAACUUUCUAUGGCUUAACUUUUACCAAAGGCUGUAAUGCAGACAGAUCUGCAAUC